AAAAAAAAGUCGUGUUUGUUGUGUUUUUUUCUGUAUUUGAAUUAGAAAAUGUUAUAAAAGACUUGUUUUUGAUAUAGAUUCUAGAUUUAAAAUAAUGGAGACUAGUUUUUCCUGCCGUACGUGUAUGAAAGGAAAUAAGGCGUUUGUAAAUUUGUACGAACCCUUUAAAAUAGAAGAAGAGUGCAACCUACCGUUAGCUGAUGUGUUGACGGAGUGUUUUUCAUUACAGGUGUCAAGGGAAGAUGGACUGCCACAAAACCUUUGUCAAGAUUGCGCUAGACUUCUUCAGCUUUUGUUCAACUUUCGGAAACAAGCCAUUCAAACUGAAAAAGAGUACAGAAAAUUGCUGGAAAGUCGCCUUGGAGCCGAAAUAAAACAUGAGAAUUUUGAAGUUGAACUUAAAAAUGAAGAUGAUUAUGCAGAACAUUAUGAUGAUUUUGUGCCAGGCGUAGAUGUUGAUAAUGAUGCCCCUAAACAGGAAAUUGAAGAAAAAGAAUAUGAAGAAAAAGCGUGUAGUGAAAAAAAUUAUCAAUGUAAUUUGUGCAGCAAGGAGUACAAAAGAGAAAAAAGAUUUUUGAAGCAUCUGGCAUCACACAACAAACCGGCUGUACCUUGUGGCUUUUGUGGGAAAACUUUUCCAAAGCAGUCUACAUUGAAAAAACAUCUAGCUAAAUGUUGUAAAAACUAUAACAGGUGUCAAAUAUGUGAAGAGGUUUUUGAAACUGAGCCUCUUCUUUUGGACCACAUGAAGCUUCACUCUGUCGUUGAGGUUAAAAUUGAGGGUGAGGAAAAAUUCCCAUGUCCUGAAUGUGAGAGAGUUUUUAGUAAAAGCAGGUCACUAGCGAUACAUUUGAAAAAACAUAGAGAUAACAAAACACUUGCAGUAUACAAGUGUGAUACAUGUCAUAAAGAGUUUAGCACUAAGACAUUGUUGACAAGGCAUAUAAACUUGCACAGUGCGGUCAAACAGUACUCCUGCUCCAAGUGCCCUAAGAUGUACUCAAGAGCUGACCAGUUGCAAGUACACCUAAAGUCACAUGAUUCAGUUAAACCAUAUAAUUGCCAGGUUUGUGGAAAAGCUUUCAAUCAGUUAUGCAGCCUGAAAGACCACAUUAGAAUCCAUACUGGAGAGACUCCAUACCUGUGCUCCCAGUGUGGCAAGGGUUUCCACAACAGCUCCAAUCUAAGACAGCACAUGAUGCGCCACACAGGCCUCAAACCUUUCGCCUGCAAGCUCUGCCCUAAGAGUUUUUCUACCAAAGGUCAAAUGACUUGCCACAUGACAACGCAUACUAACAUCCACCCCUACAAGUGCGACGAAUGCGGUGCCUCCUUUACGAAGCCGACGUCCUUGAAGAAGCACAAAUUCAUUCACUUGGGUCUGCGACCUUUCGGUUGCGAUACUUGUAAUAUGCGGUUUACAUGCAAGGACCACCUGAAGCGGCACGCGCGCAUCCACACGGGCGAGAAGCCGUACAAGUGCGCGUACUGCGAGCGCGCCUUCACGCAGAGUAACGACCUCGUGAAGCACACGCGGCAGCACGUCGGCCAGAACAUAUACCAAUGCACAGUUUGCGAAAUGAGGUUCAGACUCAAGAGUGAAUUAAAGCAGCACUACCCGGUUCACUACGUUAACGGAGACCAACUCGCCACAAUCCCAGUAGGGAAGGAUAACCUCGCGCCUGUAAUGAUGCUAAAGCCCAAUGAUCAUCCGAGCGAGCCCACAGAGGGAAAGGAGUUCCCCAAAGACAAUGUGGACCCGACCAUCAUCAUCAGGAUCAACAGGAACGGACUCGAUAAGAAUGGACACGCGGGAGACAUCACUAUUAAUAUCAGUCCGGAUGAGAAUAAUUGAGGGACUGAGAAAAUAGGUCAAUGUUUUUAUUUAAGGUUGAUUUACAUAAUAUUUCAGUUUAUUUGAAUGAAGUCUCAAUUAAGACUUAAUUUUUUUUAUUUAUUUUAAUAGUUACUAGUUUUGUCUUUCAUUGUCCAAAUGUUAUUCUUUUAUUCCAAAUGUAAUUUCUGCUGAGUCAAGUCUCUUAUAGUGUUUAAUUAAAUAAGUAAGUAAUUAGUCAAGUUGUUUUAAAACUAAAGCUUUAGGAAGCACUGCUGUUUCACAAACAAAUGGUAGUGUAUAAGAUGCCUUAUUCUCUCUCACUAGUUAUACAAUUUUACAAUGUUUUAUAAUAAGAUUUACUUAAGAAGUAGUUAACACGUCGCUAAGCGAACUUAAGAUAUAAUAAUAUAAUCAAUCAUUAUUAAAACGAUUAGUAUAAAAUUGUCUGUUUUGUUGUAAUAAACACCUAAAGUAUUUCUAAAAUUAAUUCACAAUUAUUAAUUGUUAUGCGAUUUGAAAUAAUUUCAUUUAGGUAUUUAUAUUUGGCUAUGCGAUUAUAAAAGUAUUGUAAUAUGGAUGGACUUCUAAUCUCUUAUUUAUGCAAUUGCUCACAAAUUACACUAGCAGGUAUUAACUACAAUACAUAUUUAAGUUGGCUGUCAUAAUAUUUAAGAUUGUUAGUUUCCAACAUCGAAGACUUUGUUAGUUACGUUCAUUAUUUACUUAAUAUAGAAAAUGUUUAUGGUCUCUGUAACUGGUUUUCUGAAAUGAUACGAAAAUCGGUUCUCUUUUUUCCCUGGCUCCUUUUCCCAUUAUUUGGGGUCGGCUCUCCGUGUUCUGAGGAGUCCUGGGUUGUCGAAAUAUUUUUCUGGCCACGCUCUUAAGUCACCGUGGACCGCCAGGUGGCCAUUGGGCGUCCUCUACCUUUCUUAUUAUUUGGCAUUCUAAGGCCUGUUUUACGACAUGGUCUUCGGGGCGUCUCGUGUCAUGACCGAACAUCGUAUGCGGGCCCUUGAAAUACUCGAAACUCGGUUUUAAAUCGUGCAAACUUAUUUUGCAGAUAUGUGAUAAAAAUUUUACAUGAAGUGUUUUUCGAGAAGUUGUGUCUUGGCUGAUGGUGUCAAGAUAUCAACUACCAAUUUGUAUAUUCAACAACAUAUGAGACGAUUCGGUGACGCAAAGGAUUGUGUCUCGCUCGAGUCCCUAAUACUUAUGAAU